GGAGAACGUGCUGAAGAACCUGGAUGACAAGGCUUUUGACAAGCCCAUCUGCGAGGCCCUCUUAAACCAGAAGUUUUUCAAUGGAAUUGGGAAUUACCUCCGCGCUGAGAUCCUGUACAGGUUGAAGAUCCCUCCCUUCAAAAAGGCUCGGACGGUGCUGGAGGCCCUGAAGGAUCAGGAGCAGAAUCCUUCCCUGACGCUGAGCAAGAAGCUGAAGCUGAUGCGGGAGAACCCGGAUCUCCUGGAGCUGUGCCACACCGUGCCCAUGGAGGUCAUCGCGGCAGAGAAAAAGCUCUUUGACCCCGAUCACUCGGAUAACUAUGCUGCUUUCAAGAACUGGCUGCAGUGUUACUUGGUGCCUGGCAUGAGCUCCCUGCGUGACCGCAACGGCAGGACCAUAUGGUUCCACGGAGAGCCUGGCCCCAUGGCUCCCAAAGGGCAGACGUCCCGCAAGAAGCGCGCUCCGCUGAAGGCAGAUCCCGAGGCUCUGACCCCCAAGGUCACCGCGCGUGCCUCGAAACGGCGCCCCAGGGCUGCAAGGAAACCCCCAAAGUCGGCCGAGGAGGAGGAGGAGGUGGCUGACAGGCCGAGGAAGGGAUGUGCUCGCAGCAGGAGGAAAGCGACCGCUGCUCCGGCCUUGCCUGAGCCUGUGGCGCCAGUCAAAGCCAAAAGAAGCCGCCGGACGUCUGCACACAGGGGCAGAGGCGCAGCCCCUGCCGUGUGA